AUGAAUCCGACCCAGGAUUUACUUCAUCGCUCAACCACAUCCCCGCGGAGAGAGGAUAGACGGUCUUGCGAAACAUCGACAUACUCGUCUCCCAUCUCUACCUCAUCCCAAGGAGGGGUUUCCCCUAUUGGUCUGGGAAUCUCCCGCUGCGAAAUCGAGAAUGCCUUUGGUCAACUGAGGGUCUUCCCUCCCCCGUCUACACUGCCAUCACAACUAAUUGGGAUGCCAACUCCCACCUUCGCAUUAUCCUAUGACGACUUUUCCAGCGCAACAUGUUAUCCACCAGUUUACAAUGGGCUCGCCAACAGUGCUUCGGAGACUUCACUAGGGUUCUACAGCCCCACGAUGAGCGCCUCCCCCAGUUACAGCUCUACCAUGGAGGUGGUCCCCGGCCAGCAUGUCUACCCAAGCCAAAUGACCGAUCCUUGGAUGCACACACCUUGUUCGGGACCGACAACGCCAUCGGAUGUGACUCCGGGCACUGUAGCGAAUGGGGCCGGACAAUGGGGCCACAAUGUGUUUCCAGAUGCGUGUAUUCCCUCCACGAUGCCCCUAUUGCCAGUCAACAAUGUUCCUUAUCUUGGGGCGAUGGAGGAGAUGGGAUACGACGGGUCCUCCGGACAGAGCAUCAACGCCGGACCAGUCGUGCCUCAACAAGCCUCCCCUGAAGGGACCAAUGGUGCCACCAUCUCAAGCAACAGAGAGCGUGGCUCAUCGAAUGAUAGGCUCGUAUCUGCCAGUGGCCUGGAAUGCCCGAUUUGUGGCGCCAAAUUCACCCGACGCUCCAACUGUAAGGAGCACCAAAAGAUGCACAACCCCGAAUGGAAGAACAACCAUCCGUGCAAUGACUGCCACAAGACUUUUGGACGAAGCUCAGAUCUCAAAAGACACAUGAGCACUGUUCAUCUCGGACUUCGGAGGUACAGUUGUGACCGUUGCGACCGGCGUUUCAGUCGCCAGGAUAGUCUGGCUAGACAUGAUUGUGUAGACAGGCAGCGCAGCGCUGGGAAGUCUACCGGCCACGCUGAGCCAUCUUCCCUUAUGCCCAGUCCUCGUCAACGAUCGAAUCGCCGCUCAGCUAGCUAA